AUGAAUACGCCACUUCUCGUGCUUUCUGCGGUGCUGCUGAACUGCGUUUCCGGUGGGCUGCCUCGAGUUGAUGCACAAAUAGUCCCAGAAGUGCCUGCAGGCAAUACAAAUCUGACGCCAACGAAGUUUAACUGGGAUCGAAUCAAAUAUGUGCAUGCAUUCGGAGAUUCUUAUUCCUUCGUCCAGGGUACUCGUGGACGCGCGAAUUACAGUUUCAUCGGAGAUGCUCUGGACUUUGCUUUCACACCAGAAGAGCUGUUGACCAACGAGAUAAUACCGAGAUAUACGAGUUCCGAUGGCUCCAACUGGCUCGAGUUCUUGACCGGAUGUUUCUCAGGUAGACCAGCAAGAUGCAGGAGGCAGCUUUGGGACUUUGCCUUUGCAGGAGCAGAUAUUGACGCGAAUCUACUACCCUUGCACCACGACUAUACGGUGCCUCUGGUCGAUCAACUGAAGCAAUGGAGCACUUAUGCUGCAGACUCCAUCCCCCAUUCACCAGGACAGACGCUGGCGGCCUGGUGGAUCGGUAUCAACGAUACAGGAGACGCAGUCAACAAUGCCACAAUAGUCGACUCCAACGCGUUCUGGGAGCAAGAAGUGGCCUCUUACUUCAGGGCUGUACAAGUAGCCACAGAUCGUGGCCUACAUACCCACCUCUUCGUCAACGUUCCGCCAGGAGAACGCGCACCAUCCACCGUGAACAAUUCGACCAAGGCUGCCAUCCUCAAGGCGCAUAUAGCCCAGUUCAACUCUGUCCUUUCCUCCCACAUCAUCAGUUUUAAGAAAAGUAAUCCCCGAACUGAAGUAAUCACGUUCGAUGCCAACACAUGGUUCAACGCCGUCCUCGACGACCCUCUUUCAUAUGGGUUUACAAAUACGACUGGAUUCUGCAAGUGCGCUGAUCCCGCGGGAUUCUUCUGGUAUGACUCUGGCCACCCAACGGAACGCGUACACAGGCUCCUUGCAGAGGCUAUCGAAGCGAAGCUGCACGCACACAAGACGGCUUGA